AUGAUUUCUCCUUCGCCAGCUACAGUAUACGAUCUGGGUCUCAACGGUGAUCCCAUCGAGAGUACCAAACGUUCAGCAGCGCGCAAAUCGUUCGGCUCAUACUCCUGGUCGGGAUCAACUCCGUCGCGGCCUUCUUCUCCAACUUUCAUCGAGGGGAGGCCAGCCGUGAGCGGUUCAGUCGAGAAGAUUGUGAAGCAAUUCAGCCGUGAAUUUCUUCGCACUCCACUCACUAUCUUCACCAGUGGAAGUGACAAGUCCGUUGAGCACAAUGAGAUUCCAGAGUGCCAAUUUAGGAAGGUCUUCUUCACCGAUGAUACAUCUGUCGUGGAUCCGACCGCUGUUAGCGACAUGGAAAGAUACGUGCGGAUGACAGUAUUCAUCUCAAAGUCCGAUGAGGGAUUUGAGAAUCCGAAAAUCUUCGUUGAGCAGCAGGUCUUCCGCAGUGGAUGUAAAUGCAUCGUCGCCCACGUCCUCGCAUUCAAUGGCAAGAUCAAAUGCGAUGUUGAUUAUCGCUUCCCUGACUGUGGCGAUGAGAUUCAGCCCGGUAGACCGCGCGAUCUGAUCCUUCGCGUGAAGUCGCUAGAUGGAAGCAUAUUUGAUAGCCGCAUGGCGAAUGCCUCCUAUUACGGCUAUGACAUGAAGCGAUCUGCGUAUGUCGAUGAGGAAUCCAUUUCCCGUGGAUUGGAUUUGCCUUGGGAGGAUGCAAGUCCCAUUUUAGCGAACCAUUUUACUGGUGAGCAUCUUAAGAUGCUGCUGAAUACGCAGUCGAAGAAGGUUGUCCCUGUUGGAGGCCGGAGAAAAGGGAAGCAGCUUUUCUAUCUUAACCUUUUAGGAUUCGGUCGUAGGGCUGGCGAUGGCAGCUACGUGGGUGAUUUGCAGCUUGAAGUCGUUUAUGUGUAUUGA